AUGCCUUUCAGUGACUACACCCCUCGAUUGAAUUUCCUCAAGGAAUCUGCAGGCGCUUUAAGCGCUUGCAGUCCUUCUACAGCUGCUUAUCUUAUGACUGUCCAUAAUCACAUUUUUCUGGCUGAAUGCAGGCCAUUGAACCAGAGGCAGCAAGAAGCUUCCUGUGGGGCAUGUGGUAGUAUGAGAAAUGAUGAAUUCACUAAGACCAUUCGCAUCAACAAAAAGAAAGCAAAACGUGUAUCCGCUGCAAAGGGAUUUACUCUUGAUGGAGCCACUGUCUACAAAUGCCUUCGUUGCCAUCGGCGAACCAUCAUGCCAGCUCGACAGAAAUCAUGCCGGCCUCAAGCUCCUCGAUCGCCUAGUACGGUUACAGAGAAUACAUCUACAGGGGUCAUUUCUCCCCAACAGGCCCCAGAAUCUGUAGAGACCGAGAAAUCCAAUAAGGCAGCAGAGAACGCGAGUAGUAAGAAAAGAGCCAAGGCAAGAAAACAAGGGGGAUUGCAGGCUCUCCUGGCUUCUAAACAAAAGUCCCAGGCAAGUUCCUCGUCCUUGGAUCUUUUUGAUUUUCUUCAGCAGUGA